CGCUCACAACAAAGCCGGGCUAAGUUCAGCCAAGAAACAAGGCUUAUUUUGAAAAACGCGAAACAUUUGGAGAUACCCGGGAACAGUGGACUUUCCAUAUAAUGGACGAGGGUUUUUUAAAGUCCGCGUUAAUGAGCCAGGACCCGUUUGUGGUGGACGACACGAGUCUUGCUUUGCCGAGCGACACGACCUCAAAACCCGGAGGAAAAGUUAAUUCAAACGACCGGAGCCUGCGCGUACACCAGCAGGUUCAGCUCACGCUGGCGCGGAAGGGCAGGAAGACGCUGCCAAAUGGAAGUGUCCAUUUACAGAGGAGCACAACCAGUAGCUUUGAUCAUUCGGAGGGAUACGUACCAGUCAUGCAGGUUAACGGACUAGGCCUGAGUAACCGCUCCCUCUCCUCCAAACCAUGCAGGAGGGUGGAGGUGACACCACCCCCGAGCCCUGAUGCCCUCCCGCACCCGGUCAUAUUUGGGAUUCACCGCAUGGGCAUGUAUACUGUACCGGGACCUGCCCAACUCAACCGAAUCACUCUAGAUCGAUCACUGUCCUCGGACUUCUAUCAUCGCUAUGCCUUUUCAGAUGGACCAAGACCCUUGAGACCACAGAAAUCCAGUGCCAGCUACAGACAGAGAUCCUUCAGACAAGCUGCUCUACCUCAACCAGUGUUCGAAGAUGAAAUUUUUUACCCAAAUGUGGAGCAGAGCAACAGUUCAAGAUGGUCCCAGAGACAGACUUCCAUUAAACAGGAGCACCACAGUGUAGGGCAUGGACUGAAUGGGACGGUACCCCCUGAGAGUGGUUCAGCCUGGCUGUCCCGUGUCAGAGGAAGCACCCACGCCCUCCGCAGACUGAACUCUUACCCCCCCUCUACCACCAGUAUGGAGGUGGAUACAGCCAGACCAGAUGGCGAGCUGACCAUACGGACGGGCAAUGUCACAGCACUACAGUCAGAGAACAGGGCUCCGGAGAUGACCAUAGAGAGGGCUGUGGCUCUACUGUCCCAGGACAAUGAGGAAACGCUGGUGUGCGCUGCCAGCUUCAUUCAGAACCAGUGCUUCAAGAGCGCGGACGCCAAGAAGAUGGUUUACUAUGUGCGUGGCAUUGGGAAGCUCAUGGCGCUGUUGGGUCAUGACAGUGAAGAGGUGCAGCGUGUGGCAGCCGGGGCUCUGAGAAAUCUGGUGUUUCAGAGCAACGAAAACAAGAUGGAAGUGAAGGAGAACAACGGUUUGUCCACGAUACUCUGUGCACUGAAGAGCAGCAGAGAUGUGGAGACCAGGAGACAGCUCACUGGUCUGCUGUGGAACCUGUCCUCUCAUGACCUUCUGAAAGAGCACCUGUCUGUGGAGUCCCUCCCGGUGCUGACCCAGUCCGUCCUGGUACCAAGCUCCGGCCUGUCUGAGGGAGAGAACCCUAAAGACGAGAUGCUUGCUGACGAGGAUGUGUUCCACAAUGCCACGGGCUGCUUAAGAAAUCUGAGCUCAGCUGGACUGAAUGGGAGGAAGGCCAUGAGGGAGUGUGAGAACCUCAUCGACUCCUUGGUCUACUACAUCAGAGGCGCCAUAGCUGACUACAAAACAGAUGACAAGACGACAGAGAACUGUGUGUGUAUCCUUCAUAACCUGUCCUAUCAGAUUGAGGAGGAGCUGCCCCGGAAGUAUGCUGAGGAGCUGCACCAGUCCAGACUCAGCCUGGCCCCCAGAACCAAACCUGUGGGCUGCUUCACCAACCGCAGCGCCAAGAUCACAGAGCAGAUGGUGCGACACUGCCCCCUGCUGGAGGAGAAGUCUAAUCCAUGCGGUGUGGAGUGGUUGUGGAGCUCCAUCACUGUGCGCAUGUACCUGUCACUCAUCGCCCGCAGUGUGCGUCACCACACACAGGAGGCAGCACUGGGCGCGCUGCAGAAUAUCACAGCUGGGCACGGGCCUGUGACUGAAGCCAUUUGUUUCACUAUUGUCCAACGUGAGAACGGUCUACAGCACAUCAAGAGGCCGCUGGAGGAGGGGGACAGUGAAGUGAGGCGGACUGCUGUGUCUCUCAUAAGAAACCUUUCCAGACACAGAGAACUGCAUCCAGAAAUCGUUACCCAUGUUUUACCGGAAAUAGUGUCCAUGCUGCCUAAUAAUGAUCGGGGCACAGACCAGCCCUCAGAGGUGACCGCCUGCCUCUGUCACAUCCUCCUGAACCUGAGUCAGAACCAGACGGACAGUGUGAAGGCUGUGGUUAACCUGGGAUCUCUGCCCAAAAUCAUCAACAUCAGCAGCAAGGACAAUGGUUACGGUCCGAGUCGAGCUGGCCAGGCGGCGUGUGUUCUAUUACACUCAAUGUGGAAGCAUACUGAUCUGCACAGCCUCUACAAAAAGUGUGGAUUCAGAAAAACUGAUUUUAUCAACUCACGGACAACAAAGACGGUGAACUCUACGCGAGACUGACCUCAGAUUUAAGCGCUUCAUAGAUCAACUUUUACUGGUUACACAAAAGACUGUCACUGUGAGCAUGUUGUUCUUCUCCCAACAAAGUGAAGAAGUACUGUAAUAUGUAUAUCAGCUCCUUAAUGUACUGAUGACAUCACAAUCAGCGGGAACUCCCAAAAUAAUCUUUAAAAUCUGGGCAUCUGCUGUCCAAAAUGUCGUCUGCAGUUAUUUCAAAACAUUACAAUCUGGUUCAAUGUAUUUGUUUAUUUGAAUAGUAUAUUAAAUUUUUUUUUUACAUAUAUACUAGUACUAGAAAUAUAUAAAAAAAAGAAACACACACACACACCCACACACAAAAUGCUGGUUUCAAUAGAUUAAAUACAAAGUCAUUAUUUUUUAUUCUCACUUUGGGACUAGUUGGGAACAUUUUAAUAGCUCACAUAGCACUGUGUAUAUAUCUGUGUUAGCAAAGAAACACUGAAUUGUGUAUGCCUGCACUUGUUUCAAUAAAAUUAUGUCAAUGCAUUUAAAUUAUUGAUUUUAAAGAACAAAGAAAACAUGUUGUAGAUAAUCAUAAAAAAGCACUGACAAGUGAAUGUACAAAUAUUGUUACUUUUGAUUUGGCAGCUUAGUAGAACUAUUGUGUUUUAAGUACUUAGAUAUAACUAUAGCUUAAUGAGAA